CACGGCCGGGCGCGCGCACGGCGGGUGGCUGCGCGGCCCGUGCGCUGUUGCGAUUUUGAUCACCUGCCUCGUCACGGAACCGAAAUUAACACCGAGAAAAGAAAGAGCUCAAAUGACUCCGAAAGGCAGCAACGGCAACGCCCAAAAUUCCGCCGGAAACCCAACUGCCAACGGGCCGCGACUACAGGCUGACGGUCGUCGUGCCCACGAACCAAUUAUACCGUACGCCUCGUGCUCGGUCGUGACAGUUAUAGUGCUCGUCGCCGUCAUCCUGUACCUGGUGCUGCACAAAAACGCGUCAGUCUGCUACCCCGACAAUCGUGAGGAGACCUGUUACCAUGGGAAGGAGCAGAACGCCUACCGCCUGUACGGCACCAAGACCGACUACCGGGUGCUGGUCAAGAUGUACCAGCUGGACAAACAGGGCGAAUACAUUGUACCAGGGUGCAAUGUGGAGGGGCUGUUCCUUUACAGCCGCCACACCACACGCUACCCCGAUCGGGACGACAUUGUCAAGAUGGUGGAAGCAAUGUCUCGGCAGCAUCGCGCCAUCUUGGAUUCGGCUAGUGCCAGCAAGGCAAAGCGCUUCGUGACUCGGUUCCCGCAACUCUUCAGCAACUUCAAGGCGCGUGACUAUGUGGUGGGCUUUACGAGCCGGGUUCGCACGCGGGAAACCGCCGAGGCAGUUCCUCAAGUCCCUCCUUUCCGCACAGGACAGUUGAGUCACAGCUGUGAAUCAGAGUACCUCGAGGUAGAGAAAAAUUUUCUCAGUCCACAAGAUGACCUCCUGCAGUUUCACAAGGAGUGCGACAAACUCAUCAAGGAGAAAGAAGACACCCCAGCCGCCGUCGCAGCCUUCGAAAAGGGGCCGUACAUGUCAAGACUGAUGGACCGACUCACCUGGCGACUGGGCUUCAACAUUACCAAAGGGGACCUCAAGAUGCUGCUGCGUGGGUGCAUGUUUGAGUAUGCCAUCUUCGACCAAUCCCCGUGGUGCUCCGUCUUCACUGAGGACGACCUCAAGGCCGUUGAGUUCAAGGACGACCUGGACGACUACUACGAGGAUGGGUACGGCCUCGAGCGCAACUAUGCCCAGGCAUGCCCCGUCAUUGAGGAGCUCGUGAAGCGACUGGAAGCUAUGGCCAAAGAUCCAAGCAACCCGAACAAGAUCCUCUACUUCUCGCAUGCGGGUGGCUUCAAGAAAGUGAUUGCACGUCUCGGCCUUAAUCGCGAUGCAGAUCCGCUCAAGGCUGAUGGACUGUGCACACAGGCGAACCGGGCUUGGCGGUCGAGCCUCCUCUGCCCAUUCAACGGCAACGUAGCAUUCGUCCUCUACAAGUGCGCUGCGGACCAGCGGAAGGUCGUGACCUUUCUCAAUGAGCAACCGGUGACAGUUCCCGGCUGCCCCACCGUGCACUGUCCCCUCACGACCUUUGUGGACCUGUUCAAAAAGCAUGCCACUUCAUGCAACUUGACCGAGAUAUGCUCGGUGUGACUUCUGCGUCCCAGCUACGAAAAUAUACCAAAGACCUCGAAUGC